AUGGGUUUUUUCAAAUGCAAUGUUGAUGCUGCUAUAUUUGAACCUCAAAACUAUAGUGCGUUAGCAUUUGUUAUUCAUGAUCAUAUGGGAGAAUGCAAGUAUGCAUACCAUGCUGCUAUACCAGGUAUUACUCAUUCUCUGAUGGUAGAGGCAAUUGGUUUUAGAGAGAUAUUAUAUAAUCUCCACCUUCUCAAUCUCAUCCCAAGCUUCUUCAACAUCCUUGUCUUCCUCCUCCUCUUCGAUCUCGCUUUGCCACUUUCCGCCCUCCACUCUCAGUCUCGUGCUUGGAGAUCUGAAGCUCGCCAUCAAUGGUGUCUCCCCGGAUCCUCCCUUCUUCUCUUAUUCAGAAGCUCGCAGCCUUCAAAGACCCCGCUCCGAUUCUUCCGAUCUCAUCCUCCUUCCCUCUCGACUCCUUCGCCUCCAAUGCCCACAGCUCCGGAUGACGAUUUCGACUUUGGCGUCGACGGCGAUGGCGCUUUUGAGGCCGUCGGUGGCCUCCUUGUUGAUUCCGGCUGCGUUGAAGACUACGAAGAAGGCCGAUUGGUUUGCUGCAAAAUCUCGGAGAAGUUUGGCAAGCAUGGGUUGGUGAAGCCUAAGGAAGCCAUGCGGAGCCUAGGGACAUCGCUGUGGAUGUUUGAUGUGAUGGACGAUGGUGAACCUGUAAAGAAAAAGGUUGAGUUGUUGGAUGGUCCUGUGUUGACUGAACGCGAUGGAGUGAAGCUCAAGAGAAGAAAGCGGAAAGAGGAGAGAUAGAGAGAGGUUCGCUUGUGCCAUACUGAUCUUUUCGUGGUAGCAGUUUAUCUAGAUGGGAGGAUGAUAUAGAAUUCAAAUUUGAUUUUCUUUUAGUGGUAGCAGUUUAUCUACAAAGCAGGUAUAUACAUGAGAGUACAUUUAUCAGCAUUUGAAUCUCUAAUAAUUUAGAGCCAUAUUGAAUAAAUAAUGAAAUAAAUCUUUCAAAUUGCCUGACCAUUUCUGUGUGGGGAGAAGUUGAUUUCUUUGAUUAUGAGUAUAAAGAAACCUAUAUCUGUAAGCCAUCCUUUGCCUUUUGUGACACACCUCAGUAAACUAACACUGGUACGUAAUUAUGAGUGUGCCAAUGGUGUUGUAUUCCUCCUACCGGGGUGGUACAAGAGGAGCCUGGGAGGUGAAAACCUUAAAAAAUGUAUGACAUGCCCAGGUUGUUGCUAUUCUUCUCUUCUUUAUUACGCAAAGCAACAUUUUCCUUAAUAUAUUUCCAGAGUCACACACACACACAGAGGCCUCCAUCUAUUUCCUCUAAUGCACACAACACUUUUAUCCCACACAAAGCAUCUUCAUCACGUAGCUUACCUUGACAUUGACUAUAAUCAUGCAUUUAUGAUACUUUUAAACUAUCCUAUCUAGUCUACUACUACUUUAUUUCAUUCAAUCGAAUUAGCUUUUUAAUUUGGUUUCUUGCAUGACCUUGCUUAAUGAAACAAUUUAAUUGAUGGGACUUCAAAAUUAUGCAUGAUUUGAUAUACAAUUUUCUAAGUGACACUAAACCACAAACCUUCACUGUAACGUCACCCACUCAUGUAUGUUUUGCAAAAUGGCCGGCUCUUUUAUGAUGAUUGAUGAGCGGCCUGGCCUGCCUCCAACUUGGUAAUAACUUGUAGGAUUUCCCAAUUCUUAUAGAAGAAGGAUUAAAGGUACCAAACUUAUUCAUAAAGUUUGGAACAUUAUUUGUUUUACCUUUAAAAUUUAUAUAAAAAAUAAUUUAUUUUGAUUUCUGAACUAUACAAAUUAUUAGUUUUUCUUUUCUUUUUUUU